AAAUUUCCACCUGCAGCUGGUUGUUCAUUGGCUGAAACCACAGUCAGAUUCCCCGUCGGAGUUAUCUGAUUGAAAAUCAGGGAGGAGAAAAGCGCGAGCAGCAAGUGGGGAUGCUGACAGGCUGCCGUGCUUUCCUAACUUCUGAGAAAGGAUUUUAGAGACCGACUCCCAGAGAGCAGGAGGAAUUAUUACCACAUUAUCAUCGGCUCGGUUACCGGGCCAUCAUGCCUCGGUCAUUCCUGGUGAAAAACAAGAGGUGCGUGUCAUACAACGUUCACCGCACUUAUACAGAAGACCCGAAGGCCUUCAAGUGCGCUGAAGUCCCUUUGCAGGUCCAGAGCUCAGACCUCUCAGACAGGCCCGGGUCAGGAGGGGGAUCUCCCUGCUGCUCACCCCCACAGGAGAAGAUGGAGCUCCAGUGUCCAUUACCCAUCCACCCAGAGCCCACCACCACCCCUGUAGCCCCCAUGCAGCCACACUACAUGGCUGAGCCUCACACGGGGGAGUAUCAACCGUACUACAAGCCCACGUACGCCUGGGAGCCGCUGUCUUCUAACUUUGAGCUCCGCCAGCUGAGUUUCAGCCCCACAGUCCUGCAGCACGCCAGCAGCCUGUACGGCCCCCACAUCCGCCGGAGCCCACCCCCAGAGCAGCCUCUGGACUGCAGCACACACUACUCCCCCACCACCAACAUCUACCACUGCAUCACCUGCAACAAGGUGUUUGCCACGCCUCACGGGCUGGAGGUUCACGUCAGAAGGUCCCACAGCGGGAUGAGGCCGUUUGGAUGCAGCAUCUGCAGGAAAACCUUCGGUCACGCCGUCAGUCUGGAGCAGCACAUGAACGUCCACUCUCAGGAGAAAAGUUUUGCGUGCAAAAUGUGCGGAAAAUCGUUCAAGCGCUCGUCGACGCUGUCCACACACCUUCUCAUCCACUCCGACACGAGGCCGUACCCCUGUCAGUACUGCGGGAAGAGGUUCCACCAGAAGUCGGACAUGAAGAAGCACACGUACAUCCACACAGGUGAGAAGCCUCACAAAUGCCAAGUUUGUGGAAAAGCCUUCAGCCAAAGCUCCAACCUGAUCACCCACAGCAGGAAACACACAGGCUUCAAGCCGUUUGGGUGCGAUAUUUGUUCUAAGGGCUUCCAGCGAAAGGUGGAUCUCCGCAGGCACCAUGAGAGCCAGCACGGCAUGAAAUGAAGAAGAGCCCAGGUGUUUGUGCAUAUUAGAUUUCUGUUAAAGCCAUCAGGUGUCAUCCGUGCAGGUGAAUAACGUGGACUCUUCUGGAAAGAGAAUCUGUGACGCAUUCAGAGACACUAAUGUAAUAUAUAGUAAUAAAGUUAUUCCUUUAAAAAGACAUGUUUAAGUUUUGUAUUUAAAUGUGUUUGCAUAAGUAUGAGUGAAGUUUGUGAUCAGUUCUGAAAUAAAGGAGAUGUGAGUGAAAAAUAUGUUGUUUUAC